AAUUCUCCCGCUGGGUCCACUGAGAACCCAGCGCCUGGCGUGCGACCGGAAACAGGACGGGGGCGGGCCUUCCUGCCGGAAGUUGUCGUCCCGCAGUUGUUUCGGUCGGCAGUCUAGCUGGUAGGAGUAGUGCCGGCCAAGGAACUGCAGCGAGGGUUGGACCUUCCAAGGCAGUUUAGAGCUGGCGACUGAGCUGCUGUGGUGCAGUCAGGUCAUGAGCCCGACCACGCACUGGGGAGAGUGGUUCCUGAAUCUGUGGGUGCCCCCCGCCGGGGUAUUUGGUGUGGCCUUCCUUGCCCGAGUGGCCCUGGUUUUCUAUGGGCUCUUCCAGGACCGGACCCUGCUCGUGAGGUAUACAGACAUCGACUACCAGGUCUUCACCGACGCCGCGCGUUUCGUCACGGAAGGGCGCUCCCCUUACCUGAGGGCGACGUACCGUUACACUCCGCUGCUGGGGUGGCUCCUCACGCCCAACAUCUAUCUCAAUGAGCUCUUUGGAAAGUUUCUCUUCGUCAGCUUCGACCUCCUCACCGCCUUCCUCUUAUACCGGCUACUGCUUCUUAAGGGGCUGGGUCUCCGCCAGGCUUGCGGUUACUGUGUCUUUUGGCUUCUUAACCCCCUACCUAUGGCCGUGUCCAGCCGAGGCAAUGCGGACUCAAUCGUCUCCUCCCUGGUGCUUAUGACCCUGUACCUAAUAGAAAAAAGGCUUGUCGCGUGUGCCGCUGUAUUCUAUGGUUUCGCAGUGCAUUUGAAGAUGUAUCCGGUGACCUAUAUCCUUCCCAUAGCACUCCACUUGCUUCCGGAACGCGACAGUGACGAAGGCCUCCGUCAAUCCCGGUAUUCUUCCCAGGCUCGUCUGUAUGAAUUCCUGAAGAGGCUGUGUAAUCGGGCUGUGCUGCUCUUCGUAGCCGUUGCUGGACUCACGUUUUUUGCCCUGAGCUUCGGUUUUUACUACAAAUAUGGUUGGGAGUUUUUGGAGCACACCUACCUGUAUCACCUGACCAGGCGGGAUAUCCGUCACAACUUCUCUCCAUACUUCUACAUGCUGUAUUUGACCGCAGAGAGCAAGUGGAGUUUUUCCCUGGGAAUUGCCGCAUUCCUGCCACAAUUCAUCUUGCUUUCAGCAGUGUCUUUCGCUUAUUACAGAGACCUUGCCUUUUGUUGUUUUCUUCAUACGUCUAUUUUUGUGACAUUUAACAAAGUGUGCACUUCCCAGUACUUUCUUUGGUACCUCUGCCUCCUGCCCCUUGUGAUGCCACUAGUGAGAAUGCCUUGGAGAAGAGCUGUGGUUCUCCUGACGUUGUGGUUCAUAGGGCAGGCCUUAUGGCUGGCUCCUGCUUAUGUUCUUGAGUUUCAAGGAAAGAACACCUUUCUGUUUAUCUGGUUAGCUGGUUUGUUCUUCCUCCUUAUCAACUGUUCCAUCCUCAUUCAAAUCAUUUCCCAUUACAAGGAGGAACCCCUGACAGACAGAACCAAAUAUGACUGAUAGAUGCUCCAGUUCUUCUGCAACUUCCAUUCUGAUUGUUCUGAAUGGACCAAAGAGAGCUUUGGA